CUCUCUCUCUGCUCAAGCGGCUCCACCCACCUGCAGAUAAAAGCCAAGCCCGGGCAGAGCUGCCGUUCAGCGUCCGUCUGUCCCAAACUCCUCAGAGCUCUGUGAUACUUCCACCCUGCAGCAGUACCGCACGCACAAAGGGAACAGCGGGAUCGCAGCCAACACCUGGCCGGAAUCCCGUGCACGGCCACCGUCCCACUUAUGCCGCGGACAAGACCCAGAGAAGCGACGUAAAGUUGGGGGGAACCAGGGGGGAGAGACGACCUUCACGUUUGAGACGAGGCGAACGCUGAAAAAAAAAUGGUGUCCGCAGCCGUCCACUUCCUCUCUCUACUUGUCCCAGUGUUCCAGCUGUGUUUGUUACGCCCGGCCCACGGGGCGGUGUAUUACGGACACAACCAGCCACCUCACCAACCUCUGCCGCAGCACAACGACGGGUACCCUCAGCAACAGUUUUUGGGGAACGAGAUGCCACUAAUGCCGUCAGUGCCUCAGUAUGGAAAAGAGAUGCCUCAGCUGCCUUUGCAAAAGGGAAAAGUGAGACCAUUGUUUGAAGGCAAAGGUCAGACAUUCCCCAGAGGGGCUAAAGGGCCACCUCCCCCUGGCCCAGGCGUAGAAGGUCUCCAAGAGGGACCGCAAGGAAUUGAAGGCCCCCCUGGACCGACGGGACCACCGGGACCACAGGGCCCUGCCGGACAACCAGGCCAGGGAUUGCCCGGGUUACCGGGAAAGCCGGGGCCUCCCGGUCCUCCCGGUUACCCCGGAAUAGGAAAGCCCGGUAUGCCGGGAUUGCCAGGAAAACCCGGAGUACCGGGGUUGGCGGGACCAAAAGGCGAUCUCGGUCCAAGCGGUAGCGAGGGACCAACCGGACUUCCCGGUCCUGCCGGGCUUCCGGGUCCCCCCGGACUCCCUGGGAUUUCGAAAACAGGAGGCCAGGGGCUUCCGGGCCAGCCGGGACCUCUGGGGGAACCGGGUCAAAAGGGUCCACCUGGGGUACACGGUCCCCCGGGCCCCAAAGGAGACAAAGGAAUCGGUCUACCCGGUUUGCCAGGUCUGAAAGGACCUGGAGGAUCACCCGGUCCACGCGGGAACGUGGGCCUCCCCGGUAUCGGUAAAGCUGGCCUCAAUGGAGUACCCGGACAACCAGGAAUACCAGGAAAACCAGGUCCACCUGGAGAACAAGGCCAGGCGGGACCAUUUGGGGAAACGGGUCCACCGGGACAGCCAGGUUUGCCAGGAAUUGGCAAACCAGGACAAGAUGGAUUUAGAGGUCAACCAGGGCUCUCGGGAGGUAAAGGGGAAGCGGGCCCGCAAGGCUUACCGGGGGGUCCGGGACUACCGGGUUACGGUAAACCGGGGUUCCCGGGACCCAAGGGUCACAAGGGACACGGAGGUGUGCCUGGACCUCCGGGCCUUAAAGGCGAUAAAGGUCACGGAGGUGUUCAAGGGGUCAUCGGUCCCACCGGUCUCAGCGGUACACCCGGUCCACCGGGUCCAAUCGGCCCUCCCGGUAGUCUGGGCUUCCCGGGACAAAAGGGAGAGUACGGUGCCGGAGGAACAAAGGGAUAUCCCGGAACAAAGGGCGAAUUAGGGCUUCCGGGUCUUCCGGGACAGACGGGCAGAUCGGGAGAGGGCGGACAACCGGGACAAAGAGGUUUUCAAGGGCCUAUCGGCCCUAAAGGAGAAGCAGGUACAAGAGGUUUACCGGGCGUCCCCGGUGCUGCCGGAUUACCGGGAUCGAGAGGAGAUGGGGGAAAUUCAGGAGAAACGGGCCACCAGGGACCUCAUGGAAUUCCAGGGAUCACGGGACCAGGGGGACCGAUCGGACCUCCCGGCCCGCUGGGUCCAAAAGGUGAAACUGGGGUGCCGGGUAAACCCGGCUAUCCCGGAGACGGUAAACCGGGAUCGCCCGGUGUCAUCGGUCCUCAAGGUAAUCCCGGUCCCAGCGGCCAACCUGGAUAUCCAGGGCAACGGGGACAACCCGGACCCCCCGGUCCUCCUGGACUGCCCUCUGUAUCUCCCGAUCUGGGACAGGUCCUCCCUGCGAGCGGCCCCUACAGCGGUCAAAGACAAGGUUACAAGAAACAGAAAAACGGAGGCGAGAGCGGCGUAAACGGCGCGGAGUUGCCGUCGUUUACGGCCACGCUCACAAAUCCGUUUCCUCUCGUGGGCUCUCCGGUAAUCUUUGAUAAACUCCUGCACAACGGCAAUCAGGACUACAAUCCCCAAACUGGUACUUUUACCUGUACCAUACCGGGGAUCUACUACUUUGCUUACCACGUCCACUGCAAGGGAAGCAACGUGUGGGUGGCGCUGAUGAAGAACAACGAACCGGUCAUGUACACUUACGACGAGUACAAAAAGGGCUUGUUGGAUCAGGCGUCCGGAAGCGCCGUGCUCCCGUUGCGACAAGGCGACGCCGUGCACUUGCAGCUGCCGUCGGACCAGGCCGCGGGACUUUACGCAGGUCAAUACGUCCACUCGACAUUUUCCGGAUACUUGUUGUACCCGAUGUAAGCGCCCCGAUUCAAAGAAGGUACUCGAGGCCGAAGUGAAAUAGUUUACGAGGAGCGGCGGCAGAGUGAUGGUUACUACAUGGAAUUAUUCUUUGCAUUAUACAACCGGGAUCCACAUGAUGAGACGUAGGAAGCCGCGAGGUGUAAAGUCAGUCAGAAAUAUCUUGCAUAUAUUCAUAUAUCCAUCUUCACACCAUUUAUCCAUGACUCUGCGGGAAUAAUUUCUCGAACAAAGCGUCUUUAUGCCGAAGAAUUGUUUUUCACCGGGCACAUAGAAUCAUAUGGGUUUUAUCGUACAAUGCAUUUAAUCUGUUAUCGUAACAUACAGCGUGUUGUUAAGUUAUUGUUGUUUUUGUAUGUCAUUUGGGAAAUGCAGCUUUUGAACGUGACUAAAUCUUUUGUCUCGAGUCUGGCACCACUUAUUUGUCUCCAUCUUCACGCCACACCUCAGUUUGGAAGUAAAUAAAACUAUGCCUGCAAUUUGGCAGAUUGUUGUCUAGUGACCAUUUGACAAAUUUGUUUUGUUUUGAGUAGAUGUUGAUUUUUGGUCAGUUAGUCGGAAUGAUCUGUAAUUUAUUUGUUUGACUACUGAUUAGUAAGCAUAACUUUUGUUUCUGCGGUAAACAGAAAUGUUUGGAAUUUAACGACAGCCAACCUGUUUUGUCCAAAAACACCUACCCACUAAUAUAUUUGAGCAUUUGCGUUUAAUGUUUUUGAUUUGUAGUACAGCAGUUGAAACGGUGGUUUCCAACUGUUGUUUGAAACUGUUGUUCCUUUUGUUUGUUUGGACAAUGGUGCAAUGCAUAAGCAAAGAAGAGACUGUGGACAAAUGUGUGAAUGUUGGGUUUCUAAAUAAAAAGAACCUGUUGUCUAAA